CGGUAAAAAUUAUUCAAAUUUUUAAGAGUUUCAGAUUUUUUUUUUUUAUUUUUUUUAGAGAUUGUUUGGAAAUAAUUAAACUGAUGAAAGUGGACUCAUCGUGUAUAUAUUCCACGUCAACUAGAAGUUCUGGAAAACUCAUGUAAAGAUAAGCGAGCUACAAAUGAACAACAUUAUUGAUUUAUUUCAAUGGAAUUGUUGAUCAUCUUUUGCAUAAGUUUUCCAGAAACAUAACAAUAGAAAGAAUUGGGGUAGCACACUUGGAAAGAUGGUUAAGUCUGGAUUUAAGUUGUUUGAGCAUGUUAUUUGAGGAAUGCACGGGUUUGUUGAUCAAUCUUGGUUCUGCAGAAUUAUUAUUCACAACAUGGAAAUAAUUAGUUGUUUUGUUUUCACCAUUAUGAAAUACAUAGGAUAAGUUGUUUACGUAAGCUUUUGUCGUGGUUUAGGUUACAUUUUAUAGUUGUUUACAUUAACUCCGGAUGUGAAAUUUUAAUCUAUUGGAGUACUCCUCGUCUUGCCAAUUGUUAUGACAUUUUCUUGGUUUUUAUCGGAGUCUUGAGGCUGAUGGUUUAAGGGAUAACUUGGCCAGUUUUACUGAACAAAUGAAUAAGGCAAAGCAAAUGAUAUGUCCUCCUGAUAGGAAACAAUCAAAACUUGGAGCCUUGCUUUCAUCUUUGUCAGAGGUUGUGGCCGAAGAACGUAAAAAGCUCCUUGCUCCUGAAAUGGAACAAGCGGAGGAAUCAAAGAGGUUAAGAGUGCAACAAAUUACUGAAGGGGCAGAAGAGAUGCGGCUUACAGCUGCGCUUGAGCAGAGGAGGAAUCAAAGGAUCUGUAGGGAAAUAACGGAAAGAGACUACAAACAAACUCAGGUUUCACUUCAGGAAGCAAAGAAGCCUUUUAAGAGACAAAUGGAGAAGAUACUGAAAAAAUUAAUUAAAACCAUUGAUUUUUUGGAAAGAGCAAAGAGAGGAAAGUCUGCUCCGCUUAUCGAAGCAGCAUAUCAACAAUGCCUAAUGGAAGAGAGGAUUCUUCACGACCGUGAGCAACAAAUUUGUUUAUAUGUGUACUUAUGUCGAAUUUCGCUAUUCUUUUUUUUCUAUUGGAAAUAGUUGAAUUUUUCCAUAUUUUUCAUCUCAUUUUGUAUCUGAAACAGUUGUAACUAUCUUUUAAGCAGUUUUUGUCUUGUACUAGCUGUGUUAGACCAGCUUGAUGCUGCAAGAGGUUUAACUGAGCAAACAGCGUCAUGCUCGAGAUCUCAAUGAGAAUAAGUGGCUUAGUCGUAUAGUUGGGAAUUUAGUAUCAAAUUCUUGGGCCACUCUUCUAUCGCUCUAUGUCUUAGUCAUCGUCAGUAACGACGACUGUUAACAAAUCAUGUUAUUUGUCAUCAUAUUAGUAAAAGUAUUAAACCAGCUGUGAUGCCUUAUGAGCCUCCUGCCUGUUCGGUGGAGUCUGCUCCUGCAGCAGCAGCAGCGUUGGCAGCCCCAGCUCCAGGGAAAUACGUUCCAAGCUCUGACUUAAGAGGAGCUGAAACCACUAGGAGGAGCUGCUACACAAGGAACAGGUAGGAGCUGAAACUACUACUGUUUAUGUAUAUUCGCCUCUUACCUUAAAAAAUUACAGUGCAUAGAAUCAAAUUGUGGAAUUGAUUCAGAAUAAUACCUUGUACAUUUGCCUAUAUUUCAAUCUGCAAAAUCUUUACAUGAAUAAAUACCAUAUAUAAUUCUCAUCAUGAAUACAAAA